AUUUAAAGUACGUAGAAGAAGUCCAAGAAUUCUAAACAGCACGUCGGGGUGAAGUUUGUCGGCUGUGGGGCACCGUACAUGUAGAUUUCCCGUCGAACCUCUAGCUGUCAGGCAGCUUUAAGCAAGAUGGAUAAUGGGGAGGCGCCUGCUCAGCGGCCAGUCACGUUGGACAUCACAGUUGAGGACGUAAAUAAGGACGCUCCAGACCCUCCGGAGCCAACCUCCAGCCAGACCCCCUCCAGAGACAACGUCCUGCCUCAAGAGGACAGUAUCGACCUGGGUGGGGAGUUUGCCACUCCCCAGGAGGACAGCAGUGCCACACCAUCAGAGAGCCUGAUGGACAAGCUCAAUGACCAGAUGAUGGAGAGUGUUAUGAUUUCUGACUCACCCAAUAACAGUGACGAGAAUGACGCGGCUCCCAUUGACUCUUUUCUGGAGGGAGAGGAGCAGGAGGAGGAGGAGGAGGAUGAGGAUGAGGAGGAGGAGGAGAACAAGGAGAACAAGAACACAGGAGAGACAUCAGGGGACAAGGAGGAACAAAUUGAAACUGGACAGAAUACAACUGAUAUAAAAGUUUCAGUGGAGGAACAGGAGAUAAGUGGUUCUGAAGAGAAAGUAGAGGAGGACCCAAAGAAGCAGACAGACGCACAACAGCAAGCCACCCCUGGCCUUUCACCUCAAGGUAACACACAGAGUCCACCCCUUCUACAAAGUGAGGAACCAGCACCAGAGACAGCCAGAGGGGCUACCCUAAAAGACCAGCCUGUGCCAGUGUGCACCAUAUUCAGCCACGGCGCCCAGCCGAGGUCUCUGGUGCCUGAUGGCUUCCAGCCCACCCUCAUCAAGUCCCCCAGCUUUAGCAUGGGGGGUGGUGGGGGAAGUGAUGGUGCAGUGACCCCCAGCAAGCUGACGGCCCCCCUCGUAUGCCAGCCCAGCCCCAGCCUAAGUAAGUUCUUCACUGACAAUGGACAGACCAAUCCAGCUUCUGACUUCUUCGAUUCCUUUACUGCUACCUCCUCCUUCAUCUCCGUUUCCAACCCCAAUGCAGAUAUCCCUCCGGGCACUAGCCCUGCACCCAUAGCCCCCACUCCUGAGCGCCAGCUCUGUUCCACUUCCUCAUCUAUCUCCUCCACUGGAGGGCCCUUGGACUCUGGUACUCCCAUCCUUAACACAGUGUUUAGCCCUGCCUCUAUUGAAUCAACCACCAAGACGCAACCUACUCCAGCCCAAAUUGUCCCGUCUCCAACUGCGUUAGCCCCAGCCACUCAAGCGCAGCCCUUCAACCAGCUCCAAGCUGUAUUCUCAGACAAUGACGACCCGUUUGCGACAGCACUGUGCCUGAGUGAGGUGGACAGGCGCCAUGAUGCCUGGCUGCCAUCUGAGGAGACCAGGAAGGUGUUAAUCUCUGUGGCCACGCAGCAGUACAACCCAGCCUACAUAGAGAUCAUCAAACAUACCAUGCCUGGACUCAAGUUUGACAACUUGCAGGGUGAUGCUGUGAAAGACCUAAUGCUUCGUUUCCUGGGAGAGCAGUCAGCCAUGAAGCGGCAGGUUCUCACCGCCAACUCUGUGGAGCAGUCCUUCACAGGCCUCAAACAGCUCGUGACGAGUAAGAACUGGCGGGCUGCGGUAGAUCUGACGGGCCGGCUGCUGACAGCUCAUGGUCAGGGAUAUGGAAAGGCUGGCCAGCCGACCUCCCACACCACCGACUCACUGCAGCUCUGGUUUGUUCGAUUGGCCCUUCUUACCAAGCUGAACCUCUUCCAAAACGCUGAGCUGGAGAUUGAACCCUUUGGCAACCUGGAUCAUCCAGACCUCUACUAUGAAUACUACCCCACUGUUUACCCUGGGAGAAGAGGCUCCAUGGUGCCGUUCUCCAUGCGGCUGCUGCAUGCUGAGCUCCCCCAGUACCUGGCCAAGCCCCAGGAGGCUCUGGACCGCCUGCACAAUCUCAAAACUGUCUGCCUCACUAUUCUGGAGAACUUGGAGAAAGGCUUGGCUGAGGAUGGGACUAUGAUCACCAUAACACAGGAGAAUAGGCAAGCAUCACUUAAACUGUGGCAGUCUCGCCUCAGCCGGGUCAUGUACUCCAUGGCCAACUGUCUGCUGCUGAUGAAGGACUAUGUUUUGGCUGUGGAGACCUAUCACGCCAUCAUCCAAUAUGAACCUCAGCAGAGAGUACAGUUGCUCAGUGGUAUAGGACGCAUCUUCCUGCAGAUCGGAGAUGUAAAAACAGCAGAGAGGUACUUCCAGGAUGUGGAGAAAGCCUGCCAGAUGAAAGGGAGCCAGUCCAGUCACACCACAUGCAUGCUGAUGAACAGGGCCUUUGUCUACCUCAGUCAGAAUAACUACGCAGAAGCACAUGCAUCCUUCGCUGAAGUCUUAAAGAUUGACCCCAAAAACCCUGUCGCCAACAACAACGCAGCAGUGUGCCUGCUGUACCUGGGCCGUUUGAAGGAGUCCCUAGGCCAGCUGGAGGGCCUGGUGCAGCAGGACCCGGCGCUCUACCUCCACGAGAGCGUCCUCUUCAACUUGACAACCAUGUAUGAGCUGGAGUCAUCUCGCAGCACCCAAAAGAAGCAGGCUCUGCUGGAGGCCGUGGCCUGUCGUGAGGGCGACAGCUUCAACACACAGUGCCUCAAACUGGUCUAAGAGGCAGUAGGUUGGACUGGAGGAGGAUACACACACUACUGCUCCAUUGUGACAUGGUGUAAACCAAGAGUGAACUCCACCUAAAGUUAGAAUUUGUAUGUUUAAUCUGUACUAAAGCAAAUGUGGGGAACGUUGGCGUUUUAAAGGGGGUUAUGUUAGAGACUUUUUGACAUUCUAGAGGCUGCCGAAUGGCAAGGAGAGAAGUCACUGCACCCAGACAAGAGGUGGGAGACUGAGGGGAUGCUACGACCUGCAAGGUGAGUCAUAAAAACCAGGGCUUGCUGUUAACAAGGUAAUCAUCACUAUCAAAUAUGCUUGUGUUAAUUGCAGACUGUGCAAGGCUGAUUGUCAUAAUGCUGUUUUUCAGACCAUGCUGGCUGUGGCUUUGACAAGGUUUUAUUCCUUUUUUAUGUUACACUGGACGUAUUACAGUAGGAAUUUACAUUUAAAAGUGUUGUUUUUUCUAUAUUUCUAAUACAUUCCACUGUCUCCUUUUCAUCAUAUUUUCAACAGCCAGACAUUGUGAAAAGCACUGGUGAUUCUUUCACUGAAUGACAAACACACAUGAGAGAAUCAAGGGGAAUUUCUUCAGUACUAGGACUGUAAUACAGAAAUGUUUUUUUUUAAUUUUUUUUAAUCUUAUAAACCAGUUAAGUCACCAAGAUUAUUCAUGAUGGGAAAAUAUUUUGUUGUCAUGCAACAAGUCUUAAGCUUGCUCCUCUAAUAAGACCUGCUUAUUUGCACUGAUUACAUUCAAAUCGGGUUUCUACUUUGUCAAAACUAAAUAGAAUUGAAAGAAUCAAGAAAAAUGGCAGGUUCAUUAACACACUUUGCAAUAUUUAGUCCCUUUGCGGUCACUUUGUGCAAAUUUUCCACGGACAAUUGUAAUAAAUGCUUCUUCACUGAUUGGCUUCUAAUACUUAAAGUUGGACCGGUUAGAAAAGCCACAAAAAACUGGCCCAUUUGACGCCAUUGGCUGUACAUCUAUUGAGUGACCCCUACUUUGCAGGUCAUGGGACAUAACGGCCCUGAGGAAAUUCCCGCCAACAAAUGGUCUGGCACUUGACAUGGGCAUUAUCCUGAGCUUCAAGAUUCGAAGAGUCCCGUUCAAUGCUCCUUCAUCAACAGGCACAUGUAAUACUGAACUUACAGUCAAAGAACACUCAGAUUCAGCUGCAUGUUUUUACCAGGUUUAUUGACUCAUGCAGUGAAAUAGGACAAGUCCUUCAGAUUGCAUUAUAUCCAGUCAUCUCAACAAAAACAUCAUGUCGCAUAUUGGGAAUCCAAAAUUGUACACAGUAGGGAGAAUUGUUUAAACUGAUUGUCUUGUUAAAUCUUUUAUUGAUUUUUUUCUCGUUGAUCUUUAAUUAUGACUGUUUACAAAUUGUGUUUAUCAUAUUUAUCUAUAUUAAAAAGGCAUCAUAAAUCAA